UCUGAUCCUAGAAUCGCCCCUGAAGAGGGUUAUCUUUGUAAGGUCAGUAAGAGCGUUUACGCCUCCAAAGACUUGUUGAUACACUGCCAAAACGCAAGAGGUCGCUGUGGAAUAUCAGGGCGACAGAUAACCACUACAAAAACGGCGCGCGGAAAUCAAACAAAGAAGAAAACAAACCGUUUCAGAGAAAGAAGUAAAACAUGAAACAUGGAGCCAGAGAGUAACAAUAAAACAGUAACAGAGGAUAUUUCCACUGAUGAAAGCGUUAGUUUUCCCCGUAUUACCGCUGUAGUAACGCGAUGGACGUUGGACUUCACGUUUGUGAGCCUGUGUCGGUAUUUUAAGGAGGGUAAAAUUGAUGAAUUCGAUGAAAUGCUGUCGAUUUUCGAAGGUAAGUUUUGCAAACAAAGUUAAAACUUUCAGCUUAAGCCAGUUUUUGCUUAAAUGUGUUAAAAUUGAACAAUCUGUGCUGAAAAACCUUUGGAGAUAGGAGUACCAACGUCUUACCGGUUUGUUUACAACCUGUAUUCACUAACCGGCCACAACAUUAGGAACACCGGAGGAUAAUUUAAUCUAUUUAAAAAGAUAAAUGCCUUAAAACUAUCCAAACUCAGACUAAACUGACCUGAAGAGUCUAGCAGUUCAAAAUCAAGUGAAGCUGAAAUUCAGUGUAACAUAUAAUAAAGGUGUGUGACUUUUGUGUUUUGAGACACAUUAUAACUUCAUCCAGUUCAAGAAAAAAAAAAUGAUUUGAUCAUCUUUUUCUUCUGUAGCCAUAUCCCUGAGUCCAUCUCUAAAGAGAGCCGCUGAUGACAAGAAAACAUUGAUUUGUGCUUUUCUUGCAAGAAUCCUGCACGGGAAGCAGCUGGGUGAGUGAGUGAGUUGUGCUGUUAAAAGGCAUCCCCGUUGUUAUUCUGUCUGCUCUUUACAGAAACUGAUUUAUGUAAGCAGAGAGUUUUCAUUAUUUGUGAUUACAGUUUACGCCUGAGGACGUUUACUCUUGAAACUGAUCCCAGCUGAGAUUAAAGCUUGUGCGGAAAUCCAUAAAAGAUAUUGAAGACAUAAGUCAAAGUUGUGAUGACCCAGAAUUGCAGAAAAGUUAUUUGAAGCUCAAAUUUGUGGUUUCAAGAAUAUAUCCUGUGCUUCUACGCCUUUUAAAAUGUAUAUGUACAACUUUAGACAUAGACUGCUUAGCAAGUAGGGGAGAGUGGGGUAAGAUGAGCCAUUUUUCAUAUUUCAGAUCACCACAUCAAGGCAAUCAUAGUUUUGUCUCUAACUAGUGUAUCUGCAUAAAUUGAAGAUGUUGUUCAUCCCUGCAAACCAACAGAAUGAGUGUAAACAGAACUGUCUUGAUAAUAUAGCAUGCCAAAAAAGUGGUCUCCUAUGGUCAACUUACCCUGUGUAUGGGGUAAGUUGACCAUAGGAGCGGGGUAAGUUGAGCCGUAUCCCUGCUACCCCCCACUCUCCACCGCAGCCCUCCCUCACCUUCUCUCUCCAUAAAUAACAGUCACUUCUUCACAUUUAUGUUUAUUUUUAUCUAUUAUAUGUUUUUCAACUGGUACAAUAAUUCUUUUUAUUAUUAUUGCAUAUAACUGCUAAAAAGCUGUUUUGUAAAAAGUCAUUUUAACAUGAGGAUGCCUUUAAGUGAUUCAGAACAUUCACAGCUGUAUUUUUGAAAAGAGAAAGUAAAACAUUUCAACAAUCUGAACUGAAACUGAUCCUUUCAUCAGACUCCUUUACUUUCUCAGUUGAGCCAAAUGGCUUAAUUUACCCCAGAACUACUAUGAUGACUUUAUUAGUCCUCUAAGCUAAAAUGGUGGACUUUUAUGUUAGGUUUUUGACCUUGUGUUGAAGCUAUGUAUUUUUAUGCACUGUUUUUCCCCCAGAUGUCCAGUAUGAGGAGGACGCCAAUGUGACACCUCUGGUAUCUGCAGCAAAUAUCUGGUCAGACCUGAAAGACUCUGUGGCAGACAAAAAGUUAGUCCAAAACGUUGGCCUCCUCUUGCUUGUCCAGGUAAUCAAAUAUCAUACAUGUGGCUUUAAAUGUGCGCUAAUAGACACAUUUUUUUCAGUGUAAUUCAAAGGAUACUAAUGCUCUAAUGACACAAAAGAAUGCUUUGACGUCCUCCAAAUGUUCAUCACUGGUGUGUUUUCAUCUUUCUUAGUCUGUGGCUGUGUGUUUGGAGAAAGGCCAAAGAUCCUCGGCCUCCUCUGCCCUCAAGUGGUUUGAAGAAAACUAUGAAUUUCCAGAGGUCUGUCCUCAAAUGUCCUUUUAAUAAGACAGGGUCAAUACUGGAACAUCUUGUGGCCUUAGUGAUUUCAAAGCUUGACUGAUGACAUUUUUCAACAGAGCUUUAGGUCGAAACUCUUGAAGAUCAUGACAGAGAGAGAAACUUACCAUCCACUCCUUACAAGCUUCAGCUUCAGCCGCCUGAAGGAGACAAUACAGUCCUUUCUGGAUGAUUACUUGGAGAAGAAUCCAUCUGACUACCUUCUUAAGGUAUGAGACAGCACUUAGUAUUGUGUACAUCUUCAGUGACUUGUCUUUUUGCCAGAAAAAAAAGCAAAACUUUUGCUAUUUGAUUAACAGUUAAUCGUUCUAAUGUGUAGUUAAACAUUUGCUGAAUCUGACUCUUUCAAAGGGAAGAUUUGCUUUUUGUGUGUGUCAUUUCUUUGUGUAUUGAGCCAGUAAUUUGAUCCAAAAAUCUAUUAGGGCUAGAGGAUAUCAUGGGGCGUUUUUUUUACACAUUUUCUGCUCCUCUACACACGGCACCUUUUAUCAUUUAAUUGGGGAAAAAAAAGAAUCUAUUCAUCCAUCCUAUUUUCUCCUCCUUAUGGUGGUUAAGUUGUUGCCGCAGAAGGCAGAGCAAGUAGACCCAGGCAUCCCUCUCCUCUGCAAUGUUUUCCAGUUCCUCCAGGGCGAUUCCCAGACCAGAUGGGUAUGUAAUCCCACCAGUGAGUUUUGGGUUUACCCUGGAGUCUGCUGCACAAGCCCAAAAAACUCUUAGUAAAGUCAUUCAGAAGGCAUCCUUAUAAAACCAGCCACCCAAACUGCCUCUCUUUGGUGCAGAGGAGUCAGGGCUCUGCUCCAGGCUCCCCCCUGAGGGCUCAGCUCAGGGCCCUGUCUCUAGGACCCAGCCAGCCCACAGUGGGAACUCAUUCCCACAUUUGUUUCCAGGAUUUUUACUCUUUCAUUGACCAUAGGUGAAAGUUGGUGUGUAGAUCCUCUAGUUAAACUAAAGGGGAACACCAGGUCAACGCUCUGAGACUAGACCUGGAGAGGAACUGCACCCCUGAUAUGAUAACAUGGCCUUGUUGGCCCAAACUCGCAGGUGCUGGCAUGGAGGUCGAGGGGACUACGUGCAUUGAAUCAUAAGCUCACCUUUUUUGAUUUGAACUUUGUAAGCUAAGUGUUCUCAUCAGUUGUACAGUUGUUCAGGUUUGUAGGAUUAUUGCGAACUGCUGUUGCAGCAAAUCAGACCUGCACCUUAACUUGUACCCCAGGGAAGGAUUAUUCAAUUACGUCCUGGUAAGAAUACAAAUGUACAGGCAUGUGUGCCUAGUUUGUGCUGCUGGACCAAAGCAGAGAGGAUCAACUUUGACAGGGAUGAAAUAUUUUCUUGCAAAGCUUUUCUUUUUCCUACAAUUUUCUAAAAAUACAAAGAUAUCAAACUAAGAGGAUGAACCCUUACUUGCUUUAAAGAGAAUUAUGUGCUGCUUUAUUUAUUGCUUUAAAAACUGUAAAACUUUCUGUAAAUCAUAGCAAGAAAAAAGUGGACAAUGAUUUGCUGAGCUUUCUAUGUUGAUGCUUUAUUUUACUGAUAACUGGACAAGGUAUAACUCCAUAUCUCUCUAGUGUGUUCUGACCUGUUCAGCGUCCCUCUGAGUGAUGUGGUUUCACCUGCUGAAGGUGCAGAUGUGACUCCAUCAGUCACAGUUAACUGACUAUUUGUCAUCAAAAUUAGCUGGAAGGGCGAAGUGCCACACUGAACAGAGCCUUCCACCGAAUCUGAGAGACCGGCUCAUUCACGAAAGGUUAAAGAAUGAUUUACAUACAGCAGAAACCGCAGACCAAGGUUACACUUCAGAAGGGUAUAGAAAUGACAGGCUUCAUUAGUUAUGUUCUCACAUGGCAGCGGUACUUAGUCUUUGAAGGAAACAGCUAAAGAGCGCGAGUUGGUAAAAUGGUUCCUGUUCAUUUUUCUGUUAUUGUUUGUCUCUCUAUGUACAGGCGGCUACAAAGGUGGCCCAGUCGUCAGAGAUGAAUGAAACUAUGGAGGAUGUAGAAAAGCAGGACAGCUCUCUGACAGAGAUGGACAAAGAUUCAAGUGACAGUGCAAAGUAAGAAAUAGAAAUAACUUAGAAAAGUUUUUAGUGCUUGAAAUAUAUAAUUCCUUUGGAGCACUGAACAAUGUUUUCAACAUUUAUUGCCUUGCAGGGAAAACUCAAUUGCUAGACGACCAAGGUGAGUAGAAGUCUCUUAAAAAAACAUAGCAGGAACGUUGUCAGGGUUACAAGUGUAUUUUCACUCUAUUACACAUCCACAGGAGCAGACGGAAGCAUCUGUUCACCAAAACUGCUGAUGUAUGGAAACCUGAUUCAUGCAAGAAAGUUGUUGUCUGCGUCACAAGACUCUCCAAGCAAGGUAUGUUUUAUUUUCCCUCCAGACAUCUUCCUAAAUCGACAUUUUUCCAAAAACCUGAAAGCGUACACCUGUGUCUGAAUGUAAAAAAAAAAGCUUAAGAUAAUUUUGGACCUCUCACCAUCAGAGUCCUCUCAGACAAUCCAGAGGACGCCAGCGGAGACUUCCAUGAACCAAAACAAAAGAAGAAAAGCUCGUCAGGUACUGCAUUGUUAAAGCAAGCAGCUCGUUCAUUGAAAUUAGUUUUUUUUUUUUUUUUAUUAAAUGAAAUAAAUUUAAGAAGCAUCACCACAUGAAGUGAUUUUGGUACUUUUUUUUUUUCUUCUAGAAAUGGACUGAACAGCUGGACAGAUACCUCGUGAAUGGUGUUCAACGUCACGGCGAGGGGAAGUGGUCUCAUAUAUUACUUGAUUAUGACUUUCAGGGACGCACUGGCACCAUGCUCAAAGACCGCUGGAGAACUCUAAUGAAGACAGACAAAUUUGGCGAUAGAGGACUCGCCGCUCCUUCUUGCCGAUAGUUAAAACCUGAAUGAAUGUGGGCCUCCCGUAUUAUCUUGCUUAAUAGUUGAUGCUUUCUUGCUGUUUUGUUUGCACCUAGAAAAUGUACCACCAGAGGGCGCUGAACACAGUGAAAUGAAAUGUGCUCAGUGCAUUGCAGUCUUGUUUUGCCUUUAAGUGAACUAAUAGUCAAUGCUUUAUUUAUGCAACCCUUAGCAAUAGCAAAAAAAUAAAUAAAUCGCCGAUGAAAUGUCCACCAGGGGGCGCUCCAAAUAGAAUAAUAAACUAAGCAGUUUGUGUUUUUUAGAAUCACAUCACAAAUGUAAAUAUUAUAUUUUUUGUUUAAAUAAAAUUGUUUUUACAAUGUUUGAAACUAACAUUGUAAACUGAAUACAACAGUGAUUUGUUACAAUAAAAGUGUAAAAAUUA